UUUAAUACGGAAAAUUAAACAUGUGACCUAUGCAAAUGAAAAAAUAAAAAAUAAGCAGAAAAUAAAAAGCAAUCGCAGUUGGGUGUAACAAGUUGCAAUUAGGGUCAAACCCUAAACCCUGGUAUGAGUAUCAAGUUGGGGCAUGUUUGGUUAGUUUGUGCUGUCUGUUUGGCGCUGAAAUGGUAGAAUCAGACGAUGAGAGCGAACGGAGAGUUAUAUGGAAAUGGGGUCGUUGUGUCGUCUCGUUCGUUACUGUAUUCCUCUCUCAAUUUGCCCUAUUUAUGCUUCCUUGCUUUUUUCCCAACUCCUCUCUUUUCAUCCUCCUUUGCUUCUCAGCUAUAGUUACGCUAGCAGUGGCGGGUUUCGGGAGAUGCUGCAAGAGACUUCUCGGAUUCCGCGCAUCAGCUCCCGCGUUCGUUUUCUUCAAUAUAUUGUUCAUCUGGGGUGUUUAUAUUGCUGUAAUUCGACCAGUCAUUUCACUUUUGGUGGACAUUGUAUUCAAUGCAGAGAUUGUUCUGCUUGUGAUUGGUCUAUAUAGUAUCGUGUCAAGUGACCCCGGUUACAUUACAUAUGGAUCUUCCUGUCUUGACGACGUUGUUGAUGGCACUAUCACUGACGUUGAAGCCUAUUCAGAGAGUCCUGUUUCUGCCUGGAGGAUACGAUAUUGUAGGCACUGCAAGGCUUAUGUAAAGGGAUUUGACCACCAUUGCCCUGCUUUUGGAAACUGUAUAGGUAGUGACGACUUGUGUCAAGAAAAUCAUGUCCUCUUCAUAAUUCUCCUAAUUGGCUUUGUUACUGCUGAGGCUUCUUAUGUUUUGUGCUCAUCUCAGUUUGCCACAAAAUCUCAGAUCUUUGAUAUAAGUAGGUGGGAGACCUCUAAAAAAUUGGCUAUUAGCACAAUGUUAUUUUCUCUUCUCCAAAUGCUAUGGCAGGGGGUGUUCCUGACAUGGCAUAUAUAUUGUGUAUGCUUCAACAUCAGAACUGAUGAGUGGAUAAACUGGAAGAGGUAUCCAGAGUUCCAACUUAUUAACCAGUCUCAACCAGGGGAAACCAUAAAUCAUAUGAGGUUUAGAAAUCCAUAUGAUAAAGGAAUUUUGUGUAAUAUAAAGGAGUUUUUGGCACCAUAAGAAUAGUACUCAAUUAUAUUUGUCUGUGCCUGUGAGCUUUUACCAUUUCACCAAGAGAUGGCUCCUGUUAACACACUGCAUCAGGGAAACCAACAUUAAUUUUUGUAGCUCCUGUAAAUGUUUUGCUCUGCAAGCCAUAUAUGAUCAUCGCCUUCCCAACAUUCCAGACCAAGAAUAUGGCUAUGUAUAUUGCAUUGGUUUAAUGGAAACAUGGAAUUUGCGGGAAAUCCUACACGUAAGCAUUUAGCCAACAUCAACCGCAGGGUGGCAAAUGAGAGUAUUCUGAUGGUGCUGGAGGGUUACAUUUUCGAAGAUUCCUAAUUUACUAACUUGGAGCUUGCAUUUUAGCUGUACCAGAGGAUUUUCCUUCCCAUCCAAGAUGCAAUUCUUAAAUCAUAGGAGUAAGCUUCCAAUUUUACCGAACUUGUAAAAUCCUGGCCUUGGUAUAUAUACAUUUUCUCUGACUGACUUGCAAGCUCUUAACGAAAAGUGAAUGGUAUUAUGAAUAUUGUGUUGCCAACCUGAAUACUUUCCGGGGAGCGUAAAUAAUAGAUAAUGAUCUGUUUAAUGUGAUAUGCUGGUACCUUCAAGUA